AUGUCCCUCACCCUCAAAGUCACCUCGCUUUUCGUCAGGACGCUUGCGAAGCCUGUAGCAAAUGCGAUAAAACGCAAUGCCCACGAGCACGAACGCUUUCGUCGAAUAUGCGUCAAAUUUGCCCAAGGACUGCAUCGCGUCGACAUGCGUAUGCGCCUGGGCCUCCUUCAAGACCCCGCCGUCAUCGAUCGGCAGAUCAAAAAGGAAGUUGCCUUGGCAGAGGCCAGACGGAAGGAGGCGGCAGCGCCCACCGUCUUGACUGAGGAGCAGACCAAGGCGGAAGAAGCUCUCACGGAGAGGGAGCGGGAAGCGAUCAGGAAGAAGGCGGAAGAAAGAGCCAGGCCCCGCAUUCGGCCUCUCUCCGAACAAAAGGCCAUUGAGAUGGGCGCAAACUUUGUUGCCGAAUCCUUCAUCUUCGCUGUCGGCAUUGCAGUGAUCCUCGUGGAGCAGUGGCGGCAAAGGAGAAAGGCCAAGAACGCCAGAGACGAUAUCAGGGAAGACCUAGAGGAAGUGCAGGCUGAACUGAGGGCCGUCAAAGCAGAGUUUGAGGAAUUCAAAGCAAAACAUCCUGAGCCCACGUCUUCCAAGCUGUUGGGCUUUUGGAAGGGACGCGCUGAGGACAAGGGAGCUGAACCUGCAAAAGCCGCAAAGUCCGCGACUACUGGCAUCACAACCACCAUCGACUCAGCAGUUCAGGCUGAGAAUCAAGCUACCGAACAGCAGCCAACCGACAAGGCCUCUCGACCAAAAGACUUGGGAUUGCACACGCGAGAGACCUGA